CACUACACAGUUCACGUGCUUGUUGGCAUUGUGUGUUACGUUAUAAACCCAUGCUGUGCAGCUGUAAUCUAAUUUUCUUUUACUUUAAUGUGAUUCUUACAAGAACUUAAUGGAAUAUUUUUGAAAUUAAAAUUUGUGGAUUCAUAACAUAAACUUCAUGUUGUAUUAAAACAUAGUAUCAUAUCAUUUCAUUAGAAAUUACGAUCAAUCAAUGAUGCUAUGAUUGAGUUUGUUUAUAUUGCAGUUUUCCUUAGUUUUAUUAGUUUUCAUUAUUUAGAAUAUUGACGUAGUUGAAAAAUAUUUUUGGUUUGUAUUAAACCAAGUAAUUUAUAACUAUGAACGAUGAACAUAUUAUUUUGACAUUACCUGACACACAAAAUGCGGAUUCAGUAUGUUUGACUCAGUCGCAAGAAUUAACACAAGAAAAGAUGAUUGUAUGGGGUAGAUUAUGUCCCAUUAAAUUGCCUUUUAAAACAAUGGAAAUGAUCAAAGAUGUUUAUACGCUUGGUCGCUCAGAGUCUUGUGAUAUUCGUGUAACUAGUAAUGAAUUAAAGCCAAAGUGGCUUAGUGUAAUGAGUAAGAUACAUUUCAAAAUAACUAGAGAAUUUGUUAGUAAUACUAAUGAUGCCAUAGUAUAUUUAGAGGACUUAAGUCAAAAUGGAACUUUUGUUAAUAAAAAGAAAGUAGGCCGUGGAAAUAAAGUAAUAUUGGAGAGCAAUGACGUAAUAUCAUUGGCACAACCUAUAGUUACCGUUUAUGUAUUCAUGAGUACAACGACAUCUGAAAGCAACAACUUGCCCCCUGAACUCAAAGAUAAAUAUACAGUAUCAUGUAAAUUAGGAUCUGGUGCAUGCGGGGAGGUAAAGAUGAAAUUUGCUAUGAAAACUAUUAUGAAGAUUGGUGGCAUAACAAAUGGCCAAAAACACCCGUUAAAUGAUCCUGAAAAAAUUAUGAAUGAAGUUAAAAUAUUGAAAGCUUUAAAACAUCCCUGUGUAAUCAGAAUGGAAGAAAUUGUAGAUACCCCAAAAGCAGUAUACAUUGUUCUAGAAUUAAUGGAAGGUGGUGAACUUUUUGAAAGAAUAAAAAGUAGAGGACGAUUAUUGGAAAAACAUGCAAAAGUUAUUUUUUAUCAGGUUGUAUUGGCUGUUAGUUAUCUUCAUGAUAGUGAUAUAACUCAUAGAGAUUUGAAGCCAGAAAAUAUAUUAUUAGCCAGCAAUUCAGAUAUUACAUUAGCAAAAGUAUCAGACUUUGGUUUGUCAAAGUUAGUUGAUGCACAAACUAUGAUGAAAACAUUUUGUGGAACCCCUAUGUAUGUUGCACCUGAAAUAUUAUCUACUAUUGGACGAGGUUCUUAUACGAAUCAAGUUGAUGUAUGGAGUUUAGGAGUAAUAUUAUAUGCUUGUUUAAGUGGUUCAGUUCCCUUUAACUGUCAAGACAAAAAUAUGAGCUUGCAAGAUCAGAUAAAAAGAGGAUAUUAUAGUUUUCCUUCUUCGAAAUUUGGACACAUAACAAACAAAGCUACAGAUUUGAUCAAACGUAUGAUGACAGUCAAUCCGAAAAAGAGGAUUACAAUCAAACAAGUUCUACUACAUCCUUGGUUACAAGAUCGUGAACUUCGAGAAACUGUCGACAUCUUACUAUCAAAAGAAAAUGAUGAAAACGUAGCACCAAAAAAUAUUUCUACUAGUAUUCAGUAUGAACAAAAUUUAAUGAAAAGACCAAGAAGAGUUGCAGGACCUAAAAAUUUAUCACCGAGCCACCAAUACGGUGGACAGGAAUAAGUGCAACACCCACAGAGAACGCAUUCAUAUAAACCAUUAAGUUUAUCUCUAUCUUUUGGACUUUGUAGGAUUUGUCGUAAACCGAUAAAAUUUUCUUCUCCCGGUCGUUUCAAAAAUGGUUCAAUAUUCUGGUAUUGUUUUAAGAAUUGUUCCAUAUCCGUUACUAAGUCUCUAAUUACGUAUGCAUGCGGCAAAGGAUAUAUAACUAUAGGUUUUGGCGAUUCCUUCACUUUUGUGAUGCAAGCCAAGGUAUUGACACCAUUUAUAUUCAUCGAGCAAGUCCCGCAAAUUCCCUCGCGACAGGAUCUCCGAUAAGAUAACGUGGGAUCAUAUUCUGCUUUUAUUAAUGCGAGUACAUCCAAUAUCAUUGUGCCGCAUUUAUUUAAGUCCACGCUGAAUUGUUGCAUGUGCGGUUUUACAUCUGGUUUCUCAGGGUUCCAACGAUAUACUCGAACAGUCUGCAACCUUGGCUUCUCCACUACCUUUUGUUCCUGAGGAUGAAUCAAAGAAAGAGAGAAGGAAGCUAUUAUAGCUUGUAGAGUAAAACUUAGUAGAGACAUAGAAAGAGACAAGUUUCUAGUAACGAAAAAAGUUUCUAGUAACAAAUAGUUGCUUCUCUGCUUUUGCACUGGACAGAAAUCUGUGGCUUGGGAAACGACUGUUUUGACACAUGCCUCGUCGAAGAGGUGCAAUUGUGUAAGACCAAAAUCGGCUCGCAUGAUUGAUAAUGUUGAAAUUGAACAUACUUGUAAAAAGUCUUACGAAAAGCCUCUUAUAUAUGUCAUCUGAGAUUAUAAAGGCAUAUUUUGUUUCUCUAAUCUUCCCAUCAUUUUGUUUCGUAGUGAUAGUGUAAUUCUUAGUUAAGAUGGAAACAAAAUAUCAUCGUUUGAAAGAACUUCAUAACUAUUCUCUGGCGAUCGGUUCACUUUGAAAGUGAUAAUAUCAUGUUGUACUAGGUAGUAUAGAAAUAACGAAAGAAUCUUUGCUAGGUUUUUGAAUUAAACAUGAUGUAAAACAAAGUGGUAAACAAGUAUGCAAUCAUAUGGUUAAAAAUUCACAAUUUAUUGAAACAAGCGAUAAUAUUUCACUGACGCAUACAUCUGAUAUAAAUAUGCAAUGCCAAUGGCCGUUGAUUUUGCAUAAACAACAAUUAUUUCCUAUUAUCUCCCUUUCAAAACAAUUUGUUUGUGACAUCCUUUCGCGCAAUAUUCGUAUGUUUUUACUUAUUAAAAAUAUAAUCAAUUCUAAAUAAUUUUCGGAAGUCUAGAAUACACGCCAAUAUUAUAAAAAUUUAUAUUACCUUAUAGUAAUGAACUGCAUGUUUCAUAUUUCGAAACAAUAAAUUACAAUUUAUCUGAACAUUUGAUUCGUAUUGUUGCUCAACACUUGUUUCGCGGUAUAAUAUUUUAAACGUCUCUCGAGUUAUUUUAAAAGGUCAGAAGUUAUCGCUUGUUAACUCAUACACACGAGUUAAAAAGGAUUAACCCCCGCAAAGAAGCAGUCUUCGUCGUGCAAAUUAAGCCGCAGCAAUAAAUAUUCAUUAAAAUCCUCAUAGUUUUGGAAGUAGCAACAUGGGCCAAAGAUAAUAAAAUAAGUUUAGUAGUUAUUGGCCCAGAAGAAUACUUGGCUAAUGGGCUAGCAGAUGAAUUAAAAAAUAUAAAAAUUAAUUGUUUUGGCCCGCAAAAAGCUGCAUCUAAAAUCGAAGCAGACAAAUACUGGGCAAAAAAAUUUAUGGAUAAAUGUAAGAUUCCUACUGCAAAAUGGAAGGGAUUUGUAAAUGCAGAAGAAGCAAAGGAAUUUGUAAUAAAUGCACCCUUUCCAGCAACUGUAGUAAAAGCUUCAGGUUUGGCAGCUGGAAAAGGAGUCAUAGUAGCAAAAGAUAAACAAGAAGCAUGUAAAGCUAUAGAUGAAAUAUUAACAAACAAAAAAUUUGGAUCUGCUGGUGAAUCAAUAGUGAUAGAAGAAUUAUUAGAAGGAGAAGAAGUGUCUGUACUUGCGUUUACAGAUGGAAAAACUAUUGUACCAAUGGCACCUGCACAAGAUCACAAAAGAAUAUUUGAUGGAGAUACAGGACCAAAUACUGGUGGCAUGGGUGCUUACUGCCCAUGUCCAUUGUUGAACAAAGCAGAUUACGAAAUAGUGAAAACAAACAUCUUACAAAAAGUUAUUAAUGGUCUCAGACACGAACAAAUUCCAUUUGUUGGUGUAUUAUAUGCUGGAUUAAUGUUAACAAAAGAUGGACCAAAAGUUUUAGAAUUUAACUGUAGGUUUGGAGAUCCUGAAACACAAGUAGUAUUACCAUUACUAAAAUCGGAUUUAUUUAAUAUUAUGAAGGCUUGUUGUGAGGGUUCUUUAGUUGAAUCUCAAAUCGUAUGGGAAGAAAAUCUGUUUGCUGUUGGUGUUAUUUUAGCAUCUCGAGGAUAUCCGGUAUCGUCAUCAAAGGGUCAAGUUAUAACAGGCGUCAAUGAUAUUCUACGUGACAGAAAUCAAUUUGUUUUCCACAGUGGAACAAGUAUUUCUUCUGAAGGAGAAUUAUUAACUAAUGGUGGAAGAGUUUUAAUUACUGUAAGUUUAGCACCUUCAUUGGCUUCAGCUGCUGCUAAAGCAACACAUGCCGCCCAAAACAUAUCUUUUGAAGGAAAGCAAUUUAGAACAGAUAUAGCACAUAAAGGAAUAGCAAGGUUUAUAUCGCAUCAUGGACAAUUGACAUACAAAAGUAGUGGUGUGGACAUAGAAGCUGGAGAUUCGUUAGUUUCAGCUAUUAAACCAGCAUCUUUCUCAACUCAACGUUUAGGUACAAUAGGUUCAAUUGGUAGUUUCGGUGGCUUAUUUGACAUAAAAGCUACUGGUUAUAAAAAUCCAAUUUUAGUAUCUGGAACUGAUGGUGUUGGAACCAAAUUAAAGAUAGCGUUUGAAUGCAAAAAACAUGAUACAGUGGGCAUAGAUUUAGUGGCUAUGUGUGUAAAUGAUAUUCUUGCACAUGGUGCUGAACCUUUAUUCUUUCUGGAUUAUUUUGCUUGUAGUAAAUUAAACGUAGAUGUAGCUAGUAAUGUUAUAAAUGGAAUAAGUGAAGGAUGUAAAAAAGCUGGAUGUUCAUUAAUUGGUGGAGAAACAGCAGAAAUGCCAGACAUGUAUUCUAAUGAAGAAUACGAUUUAGCCGGUUUCGCUGUGGGAAUAGUUGAGAGAGAUGAUUUGCUUCCACGAAUAAAUGAGAUAAAAGAAAAUGAUAUUGUAAUUGGCCUUCCAUCAAAUGGAGUGCACAGUAAUGGAUUCAGUCUUGUUCGAAAAAUUUUAAAAUUGGCAGAUAAAAAAUAUUCAGAUAUAGCGUCUUUUUCUAACAAUAAUCGUACAAUCGGUGAUGAAUUGUUAGAACCAACGAAAAUUUACGUAAAAGGAGUAAUUCCUGUUUUGCGCACAAAUUUAGUAAAAGCAUUUGCGCAUAUUACUGGAGGAGGUCUGACAGAAAAUAUACCGAGAGUUUUACCAAAAGAUAUGGGAGCAGUUUUGGAUGCACGGACGUGGAUUAUUCAACCAAUUUUUGCUUGGUUGGCAACUAUAGGAGGAAUUAAUAAAGAAGAGAUGUUAAGAACAUUUAAUUGCGGCAUUGGUGCUAUUUUAAUUUGUUCAGAAAAAAAUAAGGACGAAGUCUUGACUAAAUUACAAAUAGAAAAUCCAAAGAUCAUUGGACAUAUAACUAAUUAUAAAAAUAAUCAAACUAGAAUACAUGUCAAAAAUUUUGAAGAGGCAUUAGAAGUAAGAAUGAAACGAUACAUACCAGACGUUAUUUCACAGUUAAGUAAGCCUUUAAAAAAAGUUGGUGUUUUAAUAUCCGGUAGCGGAACCAAUUUACAAUCACUGAUUAAUGCAACUCGAGAUCCAUUUCAACAUAUUGGUGCUGAAAUUGUUAUAGUAAUAUCUAAUAAACCAAAUGUUGAGGGACUUAAACGAGCUGAGAAAGCUGGUAUUAAGACGGUGGUCGUUAAACACACGGAUUAUCCCAAUCGAGAAGUGUUUGAUGCAGCGAUUACUGUCGAACUUAAUGCCGCUGGAGUUGAAAUAGUUUGUCUUGCUGGUUUCAUGCGAAUUUUAUCAGAUAGUUUUGUAAAUCUAUGGCGUGGCGCUUUAAUAAAUGUGCAUCCUUCGUUAUUACCAUCAUUUAAAGGUGCACAUGCACAUGAAGAUGUUUUAGCAGCUGGAGUACGUGUUUCAGGAUGUACAGUGCAUUUCGUGGAGACUAAUAUCGAUUCUGGAGCAAUUAUUGAACAAGCAGCAGUACCCGUACUGCCACAUGAUACUGUAGAAAGUCUUCAAGAACGAGUGAAAGUAGCUGAACAUCGUAUUUUUCCACUAGCGUUAAAACAUUUAGCUACCGAAAGGAUACAUUUAAACGAAGAUAAUUCUAUUACAUGGAAUUAUUAACCUGAAUUAUAUAAUUAUUUUAUGUAUCAUGUAUAUCUGAUACACUUAUUUUAUUUUAUACGUGUUAAAUUUUCAUACCAGUAGAAAUAAAUCAAUAGAAAUAACAAAUUUAAUUGAAAGAAAUGUACUAAAAUAUUCUAAUAAAAAAAUAUAUUUUCUACGAACCCUUGUUAUUGAAAAUUGAAAAUAUUAUUCCAAAUAAACUAUCUGUCCCUGUAGAAACAUCAGGAUUUACAUUUUUCGAAUUAUAUUUUGUAAUUGUGUCUGUUUUUUGAGGUGGUGUUGAAAGUGCCUCUUUUGCAAACUUCUCUAAUUUAAUAUGAAACAUUUGUUUCUGAAGUAUAGGUACUAAUAAAUUAUAUUUGUCGAUUUUACUAUUUAUUCGUUUUGUUUCAGACUUAAGGUUAUCUACAAUUUUCUUCCAAGCACUUUCAUCUGCGUAGUUUAAUGGAAGAUGUCCCAAAUUAUUACGAGCGCUUAUUAAUUGUUUUCGUAAAUUUUGUAUGUCUUCUCUAAUUUCUUUAGAUAAUUGUAUCCAUUCUGGACUAAAUCCAUUUUCUAUUAGUACCUCAUUUAGUUUGUAAGUAACAAAAUCAACAUAUGGAUUUCGGGUGUUUGUAUUUUCUUUCAAUGGUUUACCCAUGCCUGGGAGAUCUUUAAAUUCACCUUUAUUCAUUGCUUCUUGAAUUAAGUCUUCUACUAAACGAUCCAUACCAAAGCGUGUUUUAAUAUCUUUAGCAUGAUGUUUAUCCAUUCCAACUAAUGUAUUACGUUCUUCAGCUUGCAACUUUUUUAAUCUAUGUUCCAAUACAUUGUUAACUGCUUUUUGAGCUUUUUCUACUGUGUAUAAUUUUUGUCUUUUGCUAGGUGUUCCAAUUCCUACAUUAUACAUCAAAUAAUGACGAUGUUGUGGUACUGUAUGCAGAAAAUUUGGUUGCAUCAGCUUCUGAUGUAUUACUAUCUGGGUGAAAUCUUUUCACUUGGCAAAUGAAUGCUUGUUUGAGGAUUUCAUCUUCACAAUCUUCUGCAAUUUCUAGUAUUUGGUAGUAUUUCUUAAAAUCAUGUUGAUGUUUGAAUCUCUUUAUCUGCAUAAAUUCCCAACAAGAUAUGCAAUGUAUAUGAUGAAAAGAUUUUUUGCUACACUGAUUAAAUUUUAACAUGAUUUUCAUAAGAUUAAAUGUUACUAAUAAAUUUGAUGCUUUGUUUUAUGAUUAUAUAACUGUUUAUAUUAUUAUAAUAUACAUAUGUUAACAUGUGAACUAUUAUUUGAAAUAUUCAAAAUAACCUACAUGUUUAUACUGAAAAACAUUUUCAAAUAGUAUGCUACAAAUGACACUCUACGAAAAUGUAAUUUUCGGUGUAAAUUAGAUGUUCUAAACAUAUUAAAGACAAUUUAAUUGUCAUGGAAUUCACAUAGUUCUUAAAAAUCGUAUAAGAAUCAACGUUGCAUUGACGUUUCAAGAAACAUGUGCAUCAUGUGACAUAUGUCUAAUAUCAUAUGGUGAAUAUAACAAACCCAGCUGAUCGUCGUACAAUUAUUCAUCUGCUUAUUUCUAGAAAUUUUUAUGGAUACAUCUUAAUAGUAAUUUUUAAACUCAUAAUUAAUUUUUUAUGUUUUUAAAUAUAUAUUACAUAUAUAUAGAUAUAUAUACAUACGCAAAUAAAAUUAUAUAUACAUACAUAUAUACAAACUUAGCUAUAUACAAAUUAAAUAUAUA